AGUGGGAAACAACGCACAGCUGUGCGUUCUGUUCCGUGGCUACUUGACGCUAGCGGUUAGCUACUCGGCUAAAACGGGGUAAAUAACAACGGACGGCGAGUUCGGGGGAGAAACGCACGCCUCGACAAGGACUUUCCGACUUUCAGUCAAGCAUGGGGAAAGGCGGAGGCACAUUCGAGAGGCUUCUGGACAAGGCCACCAGUCAGCUCCUGCUGGAAACCGACUGGGAAUCCAUCCUGCAGAUCUGCGACCUCAUUCGACAAGGGGACACCCAGGCUAAAUACGCAAUUGGCGCUAUUAAGAAGAAGCUGAAUGACAAAAAUCCACACGUGGCCCUCUAUGCACUUGAGGUCCUCGAGUCUGUGGUAAAGAACUGCGGGCAGACAGUUCACGAUGAGGUGGCAAGUAAACAGACCAUGGAAGAGUUGAAGGAUCUGAUCAAGAAACAGACGGAACCAAAUGUCCGCAGCAAAAUCCUUUACUUAAUCCAAGCCUGGGCCCACGCCUUCCGCAACGAGCCCAAGUACAAAGUGGUGCAGGACACCUAUCAGAUCAUGAAAGUGGAAGGUCACGUGUUCCCGGAGUUUAAGGAAAGCGAUGCAAUGUUUGCGGCGGAACGAGCCCCAGACUGGGUUGACGCUGAGGAUUGCCACCGGUGCAGAGUCCAAUUUGGAGUGAUGACAAGAAAGCACCACUGUCGAGCCUGCGGGCAGAUCUUCUGCGGCAAGUGUUCCUCGAAGUACUCCACCAUUCCCAAGUUUGGAAUCGAGAAGGAAGUGCGUGUGUGCGAGCCCUGUUUUGAGCUGCUGAACAACCACCCUUCCCUCUCUCCUCCGCUCAGGAAAGCCGAGAGCAAGCCGGCGUCCACCGGCGCCGCCGAGCUGCCGCCGGAGUACCUCACCAGCCCGCUUUCCCAGCAGUCACAGAUGCCUCCAAAAAGAGACGAGGCAGCGUUGCAGGAGGAGGAGGAGCUGCAGCUGGCCAUCGCCCUCUCCCAAAGCGAGGCCGAGGAGAAAGAGCGAAUGAGGCAGAAGAACUCGUACACCGUGUAUCCCAAGGCGGAGCCCACCCCGGUCACCUCCUCGGCACCCCCAGUCAGUACCCUGUACACAUCCCCUGUGAAUUCGUCUGCUCCGUCAGCUGAAGAAGUCGACCCUGAGCUGGCCCGUUACCUCAAUAGAACCUACUGGGAGAAGAAGCAGGAGGAGGCCCGCAAGAGCCCCACGCCCUCGGCGCCGGCCCCCGUGCCGUUGGCAGAGCCCCCGCCGCCGUCAGUCAGUCAGCCCGUAGACGCCCACGUCCCCAUGCAGCCCGUCAGCAUAGUGGAGCAGCAGUACCAGAACGGCGAGUCGGAGGAGAACCACGAGCAGUUCCUGAAGGCCCUGCAGAACGCCGUGACCACUUUCCUGAACCGCAUGAAGAGCAACCACAUGCGCGGGCGCAGCAUCACAAACGACAGCGCCGUCCUGUCCCUCUUCCAGUCCAUCAACAACAUGCACCCGCAGCUGCUGGACAUCCUUAACCAGCUCGACGAGAAGCGACUGUACUACGAGGGGCUGCAGGACAAGCUGGCUCAAGUGCGCGACGCUCGGGCGGCCCUCAACGCCCUUCGUGACGAGCACAGGGAGAAGCUGCGUCGUGCCGCCGAGGAGGCAGAGAGGCAGAGGCAGAUCCAGCUGGCGCAAAAACUGGAGAUCAUGCGGCAGAAGAAGCAGGAGUAUCUGGAAAUGCAACGGCAGCUGGCAAUCCAGCGUCUGCAGGAGCAGGAGAAGGAGCGCCAGCUGCGUCUGGAGCAGCAGAAACACACCAUCCAGAUGAGAGCUCAGAUGCCCGCUUUCGCUCUGCCCUACGCACAGAUGCAGUCUUUGCCCCCCAACGUAGCCGGCGGGGUGGUGUACCAGCCCGGGGCUCCGCCCACUUACCCGGGCACCUUCAGUCCAGCCAACUCGGUGGAGGGUUCGCCCAUGCACAACAUCUACAUGGGUCAGCCGGGCCCGGGUGGCGCGCCGCAGUACCAGGCCAUGCCCGCCCCUGCCGCAGAUCCCAAUAUGGUGAACGCAUACAUGUAUCAACCCGCUGGCAGCAACGGCCAGCCCGCUCCGCCUCCUGGUCAGGCCCCGCCGACCACCAGUACGCCCUACUCCAACUACCAGCCCACGCCCACGCAAAGCUACCAGAAUGUGGCAUCGCAGGCCCAGAGCUUACCCACCAUGUCCCAAGCCGGCCACACCAACGGCAUGGGCUACAUGGGCUACCCGCCCUACGGCAUGCAGAACAUGAUCUCGGCACUUCCGGGGCAGGACCCCAACCUGGCCGGCCAACAGCCGUACAUGUCCGGCCAGCAGCCCAUGUACCAACAGGUGCCUCCCCCUGGUGGCCCGCAGCAAGCGCCCCAGCAGCAGCAGCAGCAGCAGCAGCCGCCGUCGCAGCAGGCCCCGGCCCAGGUGGUCCCCGGCAGUGCGGAGGCGCAGCUCAUCUCUUUCGACUGAAAGCUGCCGCCGCUGGCUUGUGAUCGGGUCUCACACACUACUACUACUCCCCCCCCCCCGUCUCCCCGUCGGUGUCAGAGCGCCACCUCACCGUCAUGUCGUGGCGAUGUCAACUAACGUGAUGAUCUUGACUUUAGCGUGGAACUGGGGUGAGCUAACACACAUCUCGUUACCGGUUCCUUGUAGUUCCUCCCUCACAAAUAGUCUCUUAUCAAUGUAUUAAGAAAAUACUAAUUACAUUGGCGGGAGAAGACUUAAAUGCAAAAAAAAUAUAUAUACAUAUAAGCAUGUUAAUUUUUAAUUCGAGAGUGGAGCCUGAACAUUUUUUUACUGAGAGGUGUGAAUAGAAUUUUGCUUGUGUUCAAUGAGAGGAAGGAAUGAAGAGCACGAGCACGUCGUCAUGAUCACAGCCUCACAUUCCAAUUUGUCGGCGCCGUCGUCUUCGUCAUCCACGCUAACUGGCAUCGCGUCUUUUCUUUUGGGUUUUUCCCUCAUCGCACGAUUAGCUGCAAGGAGAUUCACGCUUGAGCCACCGAAGCCAAAUCAUUUAUUUAAUGCUUGUCGCAUCAGCGCAUCUGGCGUCGUUCCGCGCACGAGGACGAGUGGCAACGCUUUUCGCCACCGCCGCAUGUUCCGCGAAUCAGCUCUCGAAACUUUGUGGUCCUUCUUUGCUCUGUCACAGCCAUGUGUCGGGCUCGCAAGUCAUUUUAAAUUGAUAUUUAAUAACCGGUUCUUAUUGUCCGCUUGCUCCAUUCUUUUUGCUCUGACAUGGGGCUUAAGAACAAAACAUUUGGAUCUGUGCACUUUUAUUUCUUGUCAAUAAAGAGUACAGUGAUGCACA